UCUAGCUCUAAAAACUACAUAGAAACACCUCUCAUUUACUCAGAUUUGAACUAGCUGGACGGAUAAUCAUGGAUUUAAUCUGAAUCAAUUUAGUGGGCUAACAGGAGCUGAGAGCUACAGCAGAUAGAAUGAGUUGGGGAGCACUAUAUGCCCAGCUGGGAGGGGUGAAUAAACACUCUACCAGCUUGGGCAAGAUCUGGCUGUCUGUCCUCUUCAUCUUUCGCAUUUGCAUCCUUGUAAUAGCUGCUGAGACAGUCUGGGGGGAUGAGCAGUCUGAUUUCAUCUGUAACACACAACAGCCAGGCUGCAAAAACGUGUGUUACGACCACUUCUUUCCUGUCUCACACAUCCGUUUCUGGUGCUUGCAGCUCAUCUUUGUGUCCACACCAGCUUUGAUGGUGGCUAUGCAUGUGGCAUAUCGCAAGCGCAAUGUAAAGAAAGGCCUUAUGGCCAACCGUGGUGACACUGUUAAAGAGGAUGACCUGGAGAGCCUGAAGAAGAGACGUCUUCCCAUCAAUGGCCCGCUUUGGUGGACCUAUACCUGUAGCCUGUUCUUCCGGCUCCUUUUUGAGGCAGGAUUCAUGUAUGCCCUUUAUUAUGUCUAUGAUGGGUUUCAGAUGCAACGCCUUGUGAAGUGUGAGCAGUGGCCCUGUCCCAAUAAAGUUGACUGCUUUAUCUCACGGCCAACUGAGAAGACAGUCUUCACCAUUUUCAUGGUGGGAUCUUCUGCCAUCUGUAUUGUGCUCAAUAUGGCUGAGCUGGCCUACCUGAUUGUGAAAGCAUUGAUGAGGUGCUCAGCCAGAGUCAAGGUGCGGCGCUCCUUUAUACACCAAGAUAAAAUAUCUUCAGAAAAUGCACUCUUACAGAACCAGAAGAAUGCGAGAUUGCUGUCAUCAGUUUCAGACUCCUCAAGCAAUAAGACUGCAUAAGAUCAUCCCUGCUACAUCCAGUGACUUAAUUCUACCAACAUGGAUGAUAAUAGGCUUGUAGAAUUUUGACAGUGUUUAAAAGCAUGUGCUUUAUAGCUUGUGUUUAUAGGUGAGAACACAUGGCAUUUGCAAACUUUAGAGCAAGUGUCAGGCAUUGUUCAUCACCAAGAUGACAUUCCUCCCCUAAGCCAAAGAAUGAUUAGUGUGUUUUGCACAAGUUGGAAAUGGCAAUGCUAAGUUUUGUAGUUUAAAAAAAAAAAGGUGUGUGUGUGCGUGUGUGUGUGUGUGUGUGUGUGUGUGUGUGGUGGCAUUAGAAAUGUCCUGCAGUGACUCCUGGUGGUCACAA